CCGCGGAGAACGCGUAUUUUCCUCUCAGUCACGCACCGCACACCGCACCGUCUGCAAUAGUAUUACACACUCUACUACUAUAUUAUAAUACACACCGCGACCGCAUUUUUUUCACAUAUAUACCAGAGAUACCUGCACGAUAGUGAUAUUAUAUAUUUCAAUUUAAUAUACAUACGAAGUAUAGUAGUGCAAUUUUUUUUCCUACACAUAAGUACGUUCGCGUGUGCAUCAUUCGCUGUAUUACGUACUCAUCAGGCUCGCAUCAAGUCGCGUCAUACGUCUUACGCUUGUUUUUAUUAUAAUAUAAUACAAUUUAGGUACACGUCACACACUCAAAUAUACAUAUAUAUAUAUAUUAUAUAUGUAUAACCAAACACAUAACGAUUAUAUAUAUUGUAUUUCGCGAGUGCGGUCAGUGUGUAUAUAUAUAAUAUAAAGCUCAGGUUUCGGCGACUUGUAUAGAUCACAUCGCUUUCGCAGUGCACCGCGAUCGAUCAACGCCGGAGCUUUUUUUUCGAUGGGAUUUCGCAAUCCGUACGUGUCGGUACUUUCGGUCGAUUACAAGUUGCGCGCCAAACUGAUGCCACUUAGGUCUUAAUAUAUAAUAUUUUAUAUAUUAUACAUUUUAGCUGCAUUAGAAUUCAAGAGUGAAAACCAAAAUUUAUAAGCACCGCCAACGACUCGAGUACUUACAUAUAAUUUUAUAACAGUGUCGAGUCAUCGCGAUUAAACAUUAUACGCAUACACUAUAAACGAAAACAGAGACAACAUUGCAAAAAUGGCUUGGAUCAGACGCGGUCGCGGAGACAAAGCGACUCAGCAGAUGACGUUCACGAUCGACAUGCCCAUCAGCGAGGACCAAGUGGCCGAGCUUUACGGUGAAGGAGCCCGGAUCCACAGCGUACACCACAGGUCCAGGCCGGAGCAGUCCGUGUUCGCGUCCACAAUGUCGUCCAACGCCUCGGUGGAUACGACGGUGGGCUCGACUGCGGCGCUCAUACACAGCCAUGCGGCCAAAGUCAAGAAGAAGAAGUACGCUUUCCUCAGGCAGGGCAACAGCGGUGGCACCCAACUGUCGGCCUCGGCCUCGUCCAACAACGGUUUUUUAACCGGUCGCCACUGCCGAGACGCCGCCAUACACAGCCAGAAGGAGCUGAACAUCCGGCUGGCCACGCCCACGGUGCCAAACUUUAUCGAUCAGAUACUGAAGAAAAAACAGGCCACCGAACAGGUGUCCGCAAAGCGUUUGAGCAGCGACGACGACGACGACUGUGAUGACGACCGCGACGACGAUGAAGACGACGUGUUCCUCCAGGACCUCAAGUCCGCCGCCAAAAUCCGGACGCCGCAGAACACAUACGUCCCACAGAUCCUUGCUUCAUUAACAGUAUCAUUAUGCUCAAUGGUAGUUGGAUUCGCGUCCGCCUAUACGUCACCCGCCUUACCGUCAAUGAACAGACCGGGCAGUCCGCUGACAGUAACCGAGGAAGAAGGUUCAUGGAUCGGCAGUCUCAUGCCACUGGCAGCACUCAUUGGUGGCAUGGCUGGCGGGCCCCUUAUCGAGUCCAUCGGUAGAAAAACCACUAUACUCGCUACCGGAAUACCUUUUAUUAUUUCCUUUAUUCUAAUUGCGAUGGCUGUUAACGUGCAAAUGGUAAUGGCAGGUCGGGCCAUAGCCGGAUUCUGCGUAGGAGUGGCUUCAUUAGGUCUUCCUGUAUAUUUAGGAGAAACUGUACAACCUCAAGUCAGAGGGACGUUGGGCCUUUUGCCCACCACUCUCGGCAACAGUGGUAUUUUGUUGUGUUUCAUUGCUGGCAAAUACCUUAACUGGCAGAUGCUAGCUAUCCUCGGCGCUUGUAUCCCUAUACCGUUCUUGGUGUGCAUGUUCCUCAUCCCCGAAACACCACAAUGGUACAUAAGCAGAAAUAAAAGCAAGAAAGCGAAAAAAGCUCUUCAGUGGCUGCGUGGAAAGGACGCGGACGUAACGCAAGAAUUCAGCGAGAUCGAAAAAGCUAAUCACAUGGGCAAGAACGAAGAAAUGCCCGGAUAUCUGAGCUUGUUCUCCAAGAUGUACUCGAAACCCUUGCUAAUAUCUAUGGGGCUCAUGUUGUUCCAACAACUCAGCGGUAUCAAUGCAGUCAUUUUUUACACCGUCAAAAUCUUUAAGGAAGCGGGAAGUACCAUCGACGAAAACUUGUGCACCAUCAUCGUGGGUAUUGUCAAUUUCUUGUCCACUUUCAUAGCAACCGGUCUCAUUGACAAGCUCGGUCGCAAGAUCCUUCUGUACGCGUCUAGCGCUACGAUGGCGGUCACGCUCAUCACUCUCGGAACGUUCUUCAACUACAAAAACAACGGUUACGACGUGUCUCAGUACGGAUGGUUGCCAUUGGCCAGUUUCGUGUUUUUCAUCAUUGGGUUCGCCAUCGGCUUCGGGCCAAUUCCGUGGCUGAUGAUGGGCGAAAUUUUGCCCGCCAAAAUCCGGGGCACAGCUGCAUCGUUGGCAACGGCUUUCAACUGGGCCUGCACGUUCGUAGUCACCAAGACGUUCGCUGACUUGUUACGAGUCUUCGGAACUGACGGCACCUUCUGGAUGUUUGGAGGCAUCUGCUUGAUGGGAUUGGUGUUCAUCAUAUUCUGCGUGCCCGAGACCCAGGGUAAGAGCCUGGAGGACAUCGAACGCAACUUAACCGGGGUAGGCAAAGGCCCGGUGAGACAAGUGAGGAGGAUGAGCUCGAUAGCGCAUCUGAAACCGCUGCCGAUGGCCAUCUAAACGACAGAAAAAAUAAAUUUUAUUAUGUAUUAACUAUAUAAGAAAAUCGGCGUAUAUAUAUAUAUAUAUAUAUAUAUUUUUUUUAAUAAUAAUAUUAUACAUCAAUUUUUCUUCGGAACAUUUUCGGCAAUUACAAAAUUAAACCCGCAAGCUUAUAUUUGGCGCGUACCUCUUUUAAUAUUUUACAAUACAAAUUACGUUUUUAUGAUUAUACCUUUUUAACUAUAUAACAUGUAAAUGUGAAUAGACCAUUUUUAAAACGCGUUAGACUACACUGUUCUAAAGUGUAUUAUAUAAUGGUGCUAAAAUAUUUCAGACAAUAAUUAACAGAAUAAAAACGACUUUUUUAAAUUUAUAUAAUAUUAACUAUAUAUAUACAUAAAAAAAUACGAUUACAACAAUAAUAUAGACGAAGGCCGUCUCAUUGCGUUUCCACAUUCCGGAAAGUAGGUGAAGUUCCAAUUUUUUAUAUUAAAUUAUUAUUAUAUUUUUAUUAUUUUUCGUGCUGUGAUAGAGACAGAGCAUCCCCUCCCUCCCGCAGUUGUAUAAUAAUGUUAACGCCACGAUACACGUAUAUAAUAUUAUAUAUAUAUAUAUAUACAUAUAUAGAUCAAAUACCGAUUUUUACGAUCGGGUCAAUCCCUCCUCAUAAGCCCUUCGAGUUUUUUUAUUUGACUUAAGAAUUUAAUAGUAUGAUACGUAUAUAAAAUAUAUAUAUAUAUAUAUAUUAUAUAAUUAUAGUUGGGCACUCGUUAUUGUACUUACAAUUUAAUACAUUUACAUUAUUACACUAUAAUACUUUAUAUACAUAUAAUAUAUGUCGAUACGCUUAAGCCACAUUUUUAUAUAGGGGGAGGCCUUCAAGUCAGUGAAGGUUUGUGUGUGUGUGUGUGUGUGUGUGUGCGUGUGCGUGUGUAUGUUUAGAUUAACGUUUUUAAUAUUAUUAUUAUGUAGGUGUAAAAUACGUAAUUAUAACACUAUAAUAUACACACCGUUUAAUGGAUCGGUAAACAAACGAUGUUUCUAAGUGUUUAUAUUUUGUUUUUUUAAACGAUUUUUACAUUGCAGUAUACUUGGUACCUAUAUUUUUCCGGUUUUCCGAUCCGUACAUGCACGUAUGAUUUCAUACAAAUCGUGCAAUAUAACGGAUCGUGAAACUGGAAAUCAUAUAAUCAUUAUAAAAUUGUAUAUCGAGUUACAGCUACAUAAAAAAUACAAUAGAAUAACUGCGGCGAUAAGACAAUUUUAUUUUACUAACAUCAAAAAAAUUAAAUAGUCAUUCAUUCGCAAAAGCCACCCCGCCGUGAGUGUGUGGAACAUGUGAUCGAUAUUCGGAAAAUCGGUACAGUUAUGCACGCCUGCGAUGCGGGGUGUGGGUUAUAUAUUAUGUUUAUUAUCGAUACAACUUUUAAAACGACUAGACUGUUUUUUUUUUUUUUGUUUUUUUUUUUUUAAAUCUUUUAUUGUGAUUUGAUAUUAUUAUGUUACAUAAUAAUAUUAAUAUUAAAAAGCCUCGCGUAAAAAUCGUUUUUUACCAAGUAAAUAUAUUAUUAAUACAAAUACUUGAAAUACUUACUAAAGUCGACUGUAAAAUCAGUGUCACUUUUUUUCCAAUCGGGCGGGCAAACUUUGUGAUUUUAUUAUUAUUUUUUUUUGUAUUAAAAUUAGUUACCAAUAUAUUA